CGAAAGGUCAGCCAUGUUCGUAUAGUGAGUAGAGUUGUGGGUGGUACUACCACGGUGGUACGCGUGGUAUAGGUGUGCGGGGUUUAGAUACGUGUAGUUUCAUUAUUUUUUCGCGUGCGUCCGAUAAUGCUCGCUUAUUGUUUAUUUACGUAGCGCGUAACGCGAACGAGGAUUUUCAUCCGCGUUCGUCGAAUUUCACGCGAGACGUGGAGCGGAGUUUCGUCGCGGCGUCGCGCGAAUUCCUCGAGAAUCGUUCUCGUCGAAUUCGAGAGCCUGCACGGUAGGUUUGCUCGCGUAGCUUACGAAUAUUAUCUCUCCCUCGUUUUUCCGCGAGUAAUUGUCGAUGCGCAAUUUAUGAGAAGCGCGUGAAAACUAUCCCAGUUACGUUCGGCCGAAGCGCGACAGACAGCUUCGAGGAAAUUCGAGGAAUUCCGCGAUAUCUGACCACAUACACCACGCUGUCCCGCGUUCGACGUUUACUGGUGCAUCUGCGCAUUUUAUAACCUGACAACACGAGCGAAGUACUUCGUCCUGGAUUAAUCUUAUUUAUCAUGCUAUUGCAUCUUUGACGAAACAUUAUAGAGCAAUAUAUAUCUAUGUUUCACUGGUGUAUACUUAAAUAAAAGGUACUACAAUGUGGUCAACGCAAAGUAAUAAUUCUAAUCCUAACUCUACGCCAAGUGAGAGGAACAAUUUACGUACUUUGGGUAUGACAUCUGCUAUUAGCGUAGCAGAGCCCAAACCCAUCGACAUUGCCAGAACUAACGAAUUGAAAGAGGCUCUUAAACCCUAUAAUGUUUUUGAAUCUGAAGAAGAAUUAAAUCACAGGAUGGAAAUUUUAAGCAAACUGAAUGCAUUGGUUAAACAAUGGAUAAGGGAUACAAGUAUAGCUAGAAAUAUGCCACCUAAUGUAGCUGAACAAGUCGGUGGCAAGAUAUAUACAUUUGGUUCAUAUAGAUUAGGUGUACAUCACAAAGGUGCUGAUAUUGAUGCUUUGUGUGUUGUACCACGUCAUAUAUAUAGAACAGAUUAUUUUUCAUCCUUUUUUGAAUUGCUGAAAAUGCAAGAAGAAGUUACAGAUUUAAGGGCAGUAGAAGAAGCCUUUGUACCCGUCAUAAAAAUGAAUUUUGAUGGUAUAGAAAUCGACAUGCUAUUUGCAAAAUUAACUCUUAAAGAAAUUCCAGAUUCAAUGGAUCUCAGGGAUGACAUGCUACUAAAAAAUCUUGAUCCAAAAUGCGUCAGGAGUCUCAAUGGCUGCAGAGUAACGGAUGAAAUAUUGCGCUUAGUACCUAAUAUAGAAAAUUUCAGAUUGGCUCUUAGAGCUAUAAAAUUAUGGGCGAAACGACAUGGCAUAUACAGCAAUGUCUUAGGCUAUCUUGGUGGUGUAUCCUGGGCGAUGUUAGUCGCUCGAACGUGUCAGCUUUAUCCUAAUGCUGUGGCUGCAACUCUAAUAGAAAAAUUUUUCCUUGUAUUCUCUCAGUGGAAAUGGCCACAACCAGUACUCUUAAAACAACCUGAUAAUGUCAAUCUGGGUUAUGCAGUUUGGGAUCCAAGAGUAAACGUAUCAGAUAGAUAUCAUCUAAUGCCAAUAAUUACGCCAGCAUAUCCUCAACAAAAUUCUACUUUUAAUGUGUCCGUAUCUACCAGAACUAUCAUGCAAGAAGCAUUUGAAAAUGGAUUAGCCAUAACUGAAGAGAUCAUCAUAAGUAAAGCUACGUGGGAUAAGUUGUUUGAACCACCAAACUUUUUUGGAAAAUAUAAGCAUUAUAUAGUAUUAUUGGCCAGAAGUUCAAGUGCGGAAGAUCAACUUGAGUGGUGUGGCCUUGUCGAGUCAAAAAUACGACAUCUAAUAGGUACACUGGAGAGAAAUCCUCAUAUUACUUUGGCACAUGUAAAUCCGGAAGCGUUUCCACCAUUGGAUCCUGAACCAGGCAAACAUUGUUCUAUGUGGUUUAUUGGCCUGUCCUUCGCUAAGAGUGAGAGUCUCAACAUUGACCUCACAUAUGAUAUCAAGUCUUUUGUGGAAACAAUUGAAAGGCAAGCAGAACAAAUAAAUAUGUUGAAGGAAGGAAUGUGGAUUGAAGCUAAGCAUGUAAAAAGGAAGGAUUUGCAUACUUAUGUAUCAUCAAGUUUACUGAAAAAGAAAGAAAAGAUUUCUAGUGGUGUGCAUCGAAAUGGCAAUAUUGCUGGAAAUGGGAACAGUGGUAGUGUAUCACCACGGAACCAAAGUGACAGUAAGAAGAGAUUAUCAGAUCAGACUAUUGAUACAUGUGGAAAGAAACGUAGAGUCACUGACACAGAAGAACAAACAGAGAAUACAUCAUUAGUGGUUCAAUCUUGUGGAGAUGAUAGCAAUUCUGGAUUCAGCCUGGAUGAAUACAAACAGAAUUUAUCAACUGCUAAGGACGAAGGACCUACUAGUACAUCCACAGUAGCGCAAGAGGGAUUUGUAUGCACUUGAUGACCACUGCAGGAUUAUCUUACGCCAAUCCACAGAUGCUCUUCUGGGCCAUCUAGACUGUAACGUUUCUUAUGCAACCAUCCACUGCCCACUGUAAGUCCUUCGUUUCGUAAAAGCAAAACAAUGUAAUGGAGGAAGCUAUCCAGGUGGAGUCAAUCGACAGAUGACUGUUAAUAUGUUUGUGUAACAAACGCUAUAAUUAAUAGUAUUUAUAAAAGAAAACAGAACAUCGACACAGUCAAUGGGAACAAUUAUACGCCAAUAUUUAUGCGAUUGUGCCAGUGUCGUUUGUAAUGUUACUUAUAUCAGUGGACGUAUUUCAGAUAGCUGAGACACGAUAAUUGAAAGAACUUGUCAUCGCGAGAGUUAAUCUAUUAUCGCGCUUGGAAAGAAAUUAAUAAUUAUACUUUUUAUAUUUCCUUUUUGUAUAUAUUGAUUACAUUACUCUUUUUUAUUGAUAAAUACUUGAACAAGAAACUUAAGAUUUGAUAAUACCUGAUGUAACAUAAUUUUACAUAAUUUACAUGACAAACAGAAAUAGUUUGGUCGAGAAAAUUACAUGUAUGGAAAUUUACGAAUAUUUCCGCAUGUUAGAAAAAAAAAUUAAAAAAAGAAAAUACGAAAAAUAGAAUAUAUUCUUAUAUAAAGUGCAUUUUUGUAAUGCACAGUGAAAUAUGCUUUAAAAUGCAUAUAUGUAUCGUUUAGUUGUAUAAGUAGCUGAUAUAUACUUUAUUAAUAUUAACGCAAAUCACACGUCGUGAUCUGCCUUUUUAGGGACUUACAAACAGUAUUGUAAUAUUAGCGUUUUAAUACGCUUUACUGUUUGUACUAAAUGUAUAUAAACUCUAUUAUUUACGUGAUACUUAAUAUACUAUUAUUUGUAAGAAUUAGAUAUUCCAACGCAAGUUGCAGAGAAUAGAAUAUCUUAUUCAUUCGUACAACUCACUGUUUAUAAAGAAGAUGCUGUAAAAUGCUUACUUGAGAUGCGAUCACUUUUCGCUGUGCAAAUAUAAUGCAACCGCAUUACAAGAAUCACCGACACUGGCAUAAGUCGAAGAUGUUUCAUUUGUAGAGUAUAUACGUAGAAUGAAAUAUUCGUUUAAGAAAAAAAAAGAAAAAAGAAAGAAACUUGCAAAUGAAACAUCGUAAAUAGGCCAUUGACUAUCUUGUUGAUGAUUAUGUUGCGAUACAUUUUCAUCCGGAGCCGCUUUUUAGGGUUUUUUUUCCUUAGAAAAAGAGAUGUAGCUUUAACGAAUUAGAAACGGGCUGACAAUUGGUUGAUUGAUGGCUCAUUUGUCAUCAAAUUUGAGUUGUUUCAGGUAUUUUCUAUUCACCUUGCUCCUAAUCUACGGCUCUGAUAUUCUUAGUCCUAAUCACCCUCCCUUUUACAGUCUCGAUUCAUGUGUUAAAGGCAUGUCCACUAUCGUAAGCUACAAGGUAUUUGAUGUUCAUUCUUUGUGGUAUUUAUAAACAAAACUUGUGAAUACCGCAAUGUGUAUACAGAAAUCACGUACUUGCAGAGUAACAUUUGGCAAAAAGAUUUGAGAUACAAUUUAUCAAAAUAUCAACAUUUAAAAACUUGUUUUAAAAUAUGAGAACAAAUAUUAUAUCUAUGUUUCGUGCAGAAUUCGACAUUAGCAGUAGCUCUCGAUUAUUAUAUCUUAGAACGCCUGUAAUAAUACAGUAUACGUACAAUUCAAUGGGAUUAUCAUACAGUUAAAUUUUAUGUUCAAUAUGAAAAAUCUUAACUAUUAUAUAUUAUGACACUUUGCAAGUGCUAUGAUUUAAUGUACAGUGAUUAGGAGAACCAUUCCGUUACUUGUAUAUACUCAUAAAUGUGCUGAGAUUAUAAGUUUCAUUCUUUUAGGACCUGUCUUUUGCGUUAAGUCGUUUUAUUUAUUGAUCGAAGAUAUAUACGUUUUCCCAUAAGUUAAAAAGAAAAGAAUAGUGCUGCCUUAUUUCGUCUUAUUUUUUCGUGGAUUCACGCCAAUUUCACGUUUGAAUCUAAGAUUGAAGUGUAUGUACCGUGUACACACGAGAAGGACUAGGCCAGUUGAUUCGAUAGGUCACGAAACCUUUUUCACGCGUAUUAAUAUCAACAUGACAUACCGCGAAUAACAUAACACGGUCAUCUUUUUAGAUAACUACGUAGAAAACGUGUAGAAUUCAUGGUUGUAGUUAGGUAGAAUUCUUUUUCAACCGAAUUCGUUAUUAUGAUCGCAUGAUACCAUGAAAUAACCGUGGAUUUAUUUUGCAAUAUAAUUGAUAUCAUAGAUCGCUUUCCUGUAUAGAUUCGAUGUAGAGGAAAAAAUAAUAUUUCUCUAGAUAAUUUUAUUCUUA